GUUCAAUCUGUUUUAAUGCAUAUUGCAUAUUGCAUAUUGCAUUGCAUAAUGCAAAAGUGCAUUCGCACAAAAGGCUUCAGAAAAUUUCCUAAAAAAUUGUUCAUUUACAGCAAUUUAUUGUGCGCAAGACGCUUUGAAAAUGUUAUGUUGUGUCCAUGAAAAUGCUAUAAAAAAACUAGGGAGAAGGACACGAUCGAUACCCGCCCACGCUCCACCCCUUCACCACUACCACCCGAUGUUUUCCCUCUACCGAGCCUGGCUCACGCUCGGCCCGUGCGGCGCGAUGCCGCCCUUGCCGCCCCCGCCGCCCUCGCCCGCCCCUCUCAAUUUGUCCACGCCCCACGGCCGGCCGCCCAGCGCGCCCGACGUCGCCCUGCGAGUGGGCCCCGGCAUGACGCAGUUCUCCGCGCACAGAACCGUUUUGUCGGCGCACAGCGGAUUCUUCAAGGCCGCCCUCGGCAAUCAUACAGGUUCAUCAAUAUCCGUCCCGAACGUGAACGUGGACGAAUUCUCCUCCCUGUUGACGUUCAUGUACACCGGAUACUUGGACCUCAACGUCGCCAACAUCUACAACAUCCUCCUGGCCACGCACAUCCUCCACAUGCCCAGAGCCCUCGAGAUCUGCAGGUCCUUUCUGAUGCAGACUCAAUCCACGGAAACGCGAACCAACGUCAUCAAACCCAUACCCAGCAGGAAAGAGGCUCUACCGAGCCAGGAAAUAUACACGCCGACCUUCAGCAGAUUCCAAAAGUCAGAAGAUACCCCCUUCAAAGCUGUUACCUCGGAAUCGAAAGAGGUUAUUGCGGAGGUAGCCUCGACUUCCAAGAUAGAAAGCGAAGUCAAAAGCACGACGCCGAGGAAAUCACAGAACAGCGAGAAACAGAAGCACCGCAAGCGGCAGCACCAUAACGAUAAAGUCGUCAUAGAUAUCGCCUGCUGCGACGGUCCCGUCAAAUUCCACAGAGUAAUCAACCAAAAUUACGGCAUACCGCUUCCUUCAGAAACAUAUCAGCGAGAAGAAGUGAACAAGAACGCAGUUCUCAACAAAGUCAUGAACGAAAACAUCAAAGACCAACUAGACGAAAACGAGAAUCGAAACAGCGAAGUAUUCACCUGUCAAUACUGCAACCACACCUUCAAGUCCCAGUACUGCUACCAGAAGCACGCUCGACGACACCUGAAUCCGGUGUACUUGGAGGCCAAAGGAGUGGCCAAGGAAGCCAAGAGAGAAGUGAAGCUGUUGGAUAUGAACGUGCAGUAUUAUCCGUGCAAAACGUGUGGCAGCAAAUUCCCGAGUUAUUAUUUCGUGCACAAGCAUCGGAAGCUCUGUCAUGCCGAAGAAAUGGCAGAUAAUGAUAAUAAGAACAAUGAGAUGGUGGCUGAGAAUGUGGAGAACACGAAUAGCAGUUGUAGUGCCAUCGAUGUGGAGGCAGUUAAUACAGAUGUAUAAUUUAGUAUCAUUCAAUCAACCGCGUGUUAACACGGCUCAAAAUUAGGAAUGUUUUGAUUUCAUUAGAAAAUAAAUUCAUCAAUAAGAAACAAAUAACGUAAUCAUUUCUUUCAACAAGAAGAAGAAAAGGCUGAAUAUCAUUAAAAAUAUAU